CCUGGAAUGAGAUCAGAUGUAAGUUCUUCUCCAUCCACAACCUCAGCAACUACGGGACCACCUCCCAAGCUUUGUCUUGUUUGCUCUGAUGAGGCCUCUGGGUGUCAUUAUGGUGUUCUUACUUGUGGCAGCUGCAAAGUGUUCUUCAAAAGAGCUGUGGAAGGGCAGCACAACUAUCUGUGUGCUGGGAGAAACGAUUGCAUUAUUGACAAAAUUCGGAGGAAAAACUGUCCAGCCUGCCGCUACCGGAAAUGUCUUCAAGCUGGCAUGAACCUCGAAGCUCGAAAAACAAAGAAGAAGAUAAAAGGCAUUCAGCAGACCAGCGCAACGGGAACGCGGGAUGUUUCUGAAACGCCUGGGAACAAGAGCAUCGUUCCUGCGUCCCUGCCGCAGCUGACCCCGACCCUGGUUUCCCUGCUGGAAGUGAUCGAGCCAGAGGUGCUAUACUCGGGCUACGACAGCACGCUGCCCGACUCCAGCUGGCGCAUACUGUCAACUCUCAACAUGUUGGGAGGACGGCAAGUAGUAGCUGCAGUGAAGUGGGCAAAGGCAAUACCAGGUUUCCGAAAUUUACAUCUGGAUGACCAAAUGACCCUUCUGCAGUACUCAUGGAUGUUCCUCAUGGCUUUUGCUUUAGGAUGGAGAUCAUAUAAACAAUCAAAUGGAAAUCUCCUGUGCUUUGCACCAGAUCUGAUUAUUAACGAGCAGAGAAUGAAUCUACCCUGUAUGUAUGAACAAUGCAAACAUAUGCUUAUGGUUGCCCGAGAGCUAUCACGGCUUCAAGUUUCAUAUGAAGAGUAUCUCUGCAUGAAAACAUUGCUUCUCCUCUCUACAAUUCCUAAGGAAGGCCUGAAGAGUCAAUCUUUGUUUGAAGAAAUUCGUAUGACAUACAUUAAAGAGCUGGGAAAGGCCAUAGUGAAAAGAGAAGGGAACUCAAGCCAGAACUGGCAGCGAUUUUAUCAACUGACUAAACUGUUGGACUCUAUGCAUGAUGUGGUUGAAAAUCUUCUGAGCUUUUGCUUCCAGACAUUUUUGGAUAAAUCCAUGAGUAUUGAGUUCCCAGAAAUGUUGGCAGAAAUCAUCAGCAAUCAGAUACCAAAAUAUUCAAAUGGAAAUAUCAAGAAGCUCUUAUUUCAUCAAAAGUGACUGCCUUAAUACAAAAGGGUUGCCUUAAGAAAACGUCAAAUGAUAGCUUUUUUUUUUUGUAAAGAAAAAAAACCUACAGAACUUGUUAAUUUUGUCCUUGCAGCGGUGUUCCUUUUGUAAUUAUGCACUACAUGUGGUUUACAGAGGGCCAAGAUUUAGGCUAUAGAAGCAGCGGAUUUCUCACAUUUGGUAAAUAACUGGGGAGAAAGCAAAGGAAAAUAAAUCUUAUUUGUCAGAAAGUGUAUCUCUCCCCUUGUGCAACAUCCAUGGAUGCAUCAAAACCACCGGUGACAAGAUCUGAGGCUGUGUUAUGAACAUUCUGCUAAUUAAUUUCUGCAGUUGGCUGGAGACAAUUUUCUAGGCUAUUUUUUUUUUUUUUAGUAAAGUGUUUUGGAUUUUAUUUUUUUUUAAAGUUAAGGUAGCAUUUUGGUUUAUGCAUGUAACCUGAAGAAAGUUUACAAGUGUAUAUCAGAAAAGGGAAG